AUGGUGUCGUAUUUCGAGGGGGAGUUCCCCCGCGGAGCCCCCCACGGACGCGCUCUCUACUUCGCCUUCUUCUCCGAGUUCGGGACGGAGGGACGCGGAGUGGGUCUCGCCCUGGAGGCCGCGGUGAUGGGGGUGGUGGUGCUAGUGGGCGUAGCCGGCAACGCGGUCUCGCUGGCGAGCGCGCUCCGCCCGGAGGCGUCACGUCGCGGCCCCGUGGGGCCUCUCCUCGCCAGCCUGGCCGCCGCCAGCCUCGCCCUGCUGGGCCCCGCCUGCGUCGGGGUCGCGGCCCGGUGGACCGGGUCGUGGCGACUCGGGGAGGCCGCCUGCAGGUCUGUGUUCGCCCUGCUGGUGGCUGGAGGUGCCGCCACGCUGCUCACCACCGCCGCCAUCAGCGCCGCGCGUCUCCGCGCGCUCAGCCGGGGACCCUCCCGGGGGGGCCCCUCCCGGGGGGGGCCCUGUUUUGGGGGGCCCUGUCGGGGGGGGUCCCGGGGGGAGUUUGGCGCCGCGGGGGUCACGGCCGGGGUCAUCUGGGCCCUGGCGACACUGGCGGCCAUCCCCGCCGCCCUGGGGUUCACAGCGAGGGGGUUCGCGUACGGGACCCAGGAGGUGGUGGUGUGCACCCUGGUGUGGCCGGGUCGUGGCGGCUCACUGAGCUGGGUCUCCUCCAUGUUCGUGUUGCUGCUCUUGCUACCAGCGAUGGUCAUGGCAGUCAGCCACGGCCGCAUCAUACAGGUUUUAAGAUCAAACCGCGCGCGCCUCCAUCGGCCCCCUGGUGCCCCCUCCACCGCCCGCACCCCGGAGGGCGUGUCGGGAGAGGGGCCGGCGGCCGGCAGCUACCUGGAGGCCCCCCGAGACACCGAGGACCCCGAAGCGCCAGGGCCACUCCCCCCCGGCUCUCCGGCGGGGUUCGCGGUGGCGGCCAUAACGAGGGCCUUCGCUCGGGAUCCUGCAGCCCACGGGGAUGGUCGUCAUCGUCAUCGUCGUCGCCGUCGUCGCCGUUGUCGGUGGAGGUGGUGGAGGCGGUGGAGGUGGAACAAGAGGGAGACGGGGGGCACUCGGGCGACCCCCGUGCCUCCCCGCUGAACGCCGCCUCCGUGUGACGCUCUGCGUCCUCCUGCUGGCCUUCGUCCUGUCGUGGGGGCCGCUCUUCGCCGUCAUGUGGGUGGUGGAGGCCGACGUGGCCUCGGGGCCGCGCGGGGACGCGGGGGGCGGCGGCGACGACGACGACGACUGGCGGCGGGCCCCGGGGAGACGAGAGGAGCGAGGGGCUCAUGCUCACGUCCACGGCCUUCGUGUGGGCCCUCAUCGCCUGCCUGGCCGGGGCUGCCGCUAACCCCUGGCUCUACGGGGACCUCCGCUCGCGGCUGUGCGGGCCUGGAGCCCUGCGGCGCCCUUCCUGCUGUCGCUGCCAACGCGAGACGGACGACCCGGAGCGAGACUCCCACCACGGCUCCCGGAUCCGAACUCCUCCAGCGGCGGCGAUGCCAGCGAUGCCGACCCCGCGCGGAGAGGGAGCAGGAGCCGGGGGCCCCCAGGAUGCCCCACGGCCUUGGGGACCAACGGCCGCCCCCUGUCCCCCAAACUUGGCCCCCCCAUGGGGACGAGAGCGGCGUUACGCUGGAGCUGUCGAUGUGAAAGGAGGGCAGCCGCCCCGCGUGCCACACCACGUCCAGCGGCACGUCUCCUCUCACCUUAUUUUAUGUUUAUACAAAGCACCUUGGACUUGGAGAAGGCGUCUGACCAUGUUCUUCGGAAUGUUUUGCCGGAGGCGCUGCGGGAGUACGAUGUACCGGCGCCGCUUUUAUUUGCUAUCCUGUCUUGUUGACGCUUCUGUCUUGUUGACAGGAUAUCGAGGCGCAGCCGUGGUAUUGAGAGUAUCCAGUACAGGGGGCAUGGAGGUCGCAUUGCAGACGACGUUGUUUCCUCUUUGCCUUGUCAGUCUGCGAUCUCCAACGGACACUUGGACGGUUUGAUGCCGAGUGCGAAGCGGCUGGGGUAAGGAUCAGCACCUCCAAAUCUGAGGUCGUGGUUCACUCCUGGGAGAUGGUUGAAUGUGCUCUCCAGGCGAGGGGGGAACUGCUGCCCCUAGUGGACGAGUUUAAGUACCUCGGGGUCCUCUUUCGCGAGUGAUGGUAUGUGCUGUUUCGUGGUAGUAAAGCAGGAGCUGAGUUCUCGAACAAAGCUCUCCGUUUACGAGUCGAGCGACAUUCCCAAGCUCACCUAUGGUCAUGAGCUUUGGGUAAUGACCGAAUAGAUGAGAUGACGGUACAAGGAGCCAAAAACACAUUGUCCUGCUCAGGGAGCUGGUAGGAACACGUUGGGUUGCUCGGUCAAUGGCCUGCAGGGUCAACGGCCAGGACGUGGUGUAUUCCGCAAAUAUGCCCGACUGUGAGGGCGUGCACAAGCCGGCGUGAGUAGGUAAAACGUUGAGUUUUAUAAGGGCACCACAGGGUGACCAGCCCCUCCUCACCCAGCCCCACCCCCCACCCAGCCCAGCCCCUCCCUCCCCA